AUCUCUAAAAUAAAUAAUAAAUAAAUUAAAACAUUUAAAAAUACAUGAUGUUUAACUAUUAGAGUACUCAAUUUUAUGUCUAUAUAUGCAAUAAUUUUUAACGGUUUCUUAAUAUUAGACAUUUAGCACUUUUUAAAAACUAUUUCUUUUUAAUCUGUAUUUCUAACUUUUUAUAACAAGGAACCAUUGACUUUGAGAUGAUUGGGAAAUCCAUUCUCUUCUACAGUUUCCAUGUCCAAUAGACUUAAAGUAUUAAUCAAUGUGUUUAUGUUUUGUUAUUUUUCUGACAUUACAAAAAAUUUUAAAUGUAUUGUUAGUACCUGUAUAAAUAUCAGCUUUUGAGAGAAGGACAUUGUGUAGAAAUAAUGAAACACUGCAACUUUUAUUUGUAUUAUUUGUAUUAUUCUUUAAGUUCACAUGAAAAUUUAGUAUGGCUUCAAAAAAUAUCACAAGUCAAAAUAUCACCAAGACUCUGUUCAGACAAAAGUAUCAGAAAAGUGAGCCAGGCACUUUACAGGCAUGAUCUCUCAACCUCACUGUAGUCCUGUGAAUAAGGAUUAUUUAAAUUUCAUUUUAACUGCCAGGAUUAUUGUGAAAACGCCAAGCACAUUGCCUACACAAAGUAAAUAUCCAGUUAAUGGCUGCUAUUUUUAUGAAUUCCUUUUAACAUACAUUUAUUGUCCUCUACUGGAUUUAAGAUGUUAUAUUUAUCAUCAUCUAAUAUUUUAGCUAUUCCAUCUCUUCAAAAUAGAUUCUAUAAUCAAUGGCAGUAUGGGAGAGUGACUCGCAGGUCUCUGAAUCUCAAGGGGUUCCUGGAAGCCUUCCUGAAGGUAUAGUGAAACAUUCGGCUUCACAUUCCCAUCCACGAGCUCCCUGAAAAUAUCCCGGUCUGCUCUCAGGACCCAGUGACUUACCUACGCGGAGGCCGUGGAUGGCACCUGGAACUUCCUGUGUGCCCUCCUCAAACUCAGCCAAUGCCAUCAUGCAGCAGCAGGCAGGUGUCUUUGCUGGCUAGUUGGACUGGUUGGCCCUGGGAUUGCAGAACUGGAAUGGGGAAUGACAUCAGGAAAGUUUAUAAUUAUCAGGACAACAUGGAUGGCCAUAACUUUAAGUUUUAAACGGUAGCACAUUAUGCGGAGGGAGAUGCAUGCCCACAGCCAUGCUUCGUGUGUAACUCGAGAGGGGUCUGAAGUUUGAAACAAGUGUUCCUAGGCACAGGUCAUAGGGUUUGUUAUCACCAUACUCAAUUUAGAAUGGGGACAUGUUGGUUCAUGGUUACUGUGACAACCUUACUCAUUUUAAUACCUGAAAACAUGCUUUCCCCAUGCUGGGAAUCGAAAGAUUCUCCUAGGAAAAGAAAGGCUUGGCAACAUUGAUUCAAGAAGGGCAUGCAUUUUCCUCAUUUAAAUAACUCUAAUGUGCAGGUAGAUCCCCUGACCUCAAGCUCAGAAGAGUCCGGGCCUUCAUGCCUUCUCUGCUCCUGCUCUGGGGCCAGUUAUUGAGAUCCCUGUGCCCACACAAUGCACACAUCCCACCCUUGGCCGCUCUCCAUAAGAAAUCCAGUUGCACCAAGCACCCCACUUUUUGCACCUCCCAUUUAUGCACUCCUCAGAACCUCACCACAACUCCCUUCUAAAAACAUGGGUUCCUGACUGGGAAUUUGAUGCUGCCCAGGCAGCUUUGCUCAGAGGGAGCAGCUUUCUAAAAAUGUUUCAAGUAAAUUUUCAAGUAUAAUUAAAUUAAAAAAAAAAAACAACAGUCAAAGGUGUGCAAUUUGGCCAAUAUCACAAACCAAUUAGCCCUUUGUAAGUGGCACCCAGAUCAGGACAGCUGACCACACCAGCACCCUAGAAGCGCCCUGUGCUGCCUCCUGGGACAAGGCUACCACCAUCCUAAGGCCAACACAAUGGGCCGACUUUGCCUGCUGUUGAAUUUUGCUUACACAGAAUCAUCCAGUAGGUACUCCUUUGGGUCGGGUUCUUUCACUCAACAUUAUGUGUUGAUAUUUUUCCAUGCUGUGCUGUAAAAUUGUAUUUCUUGCAUCCCAUAGCUGGGACAGUUCCAUCAUAGGAGAAUACCACACCACGUUCGUCCAUUCUACCGCCGAUGGACAUACCGCCGAUGGACAUAUGGGUUCUUUCCCUUUUCUCGCAGUUACAAGUUUAUGAAUCUUGUACCACGUGUCCCUGGUGAACUUUUGUGUGCACUUCUAUUGGGUACCUCAGAGUGGCAUUGCUGGGUCAGAGGGUACUGGUCACUUUAGUAGCUUUGAUAGAUAUUGCCAAAACAUCUUCCAACACGGUUAUAGCAAAUUAUACUCCACCAGCAGUAGAAAACAUUUCAAAUUGCUUACAACAAACUCCCCAAGAUUGCCGCAUACAUCUUCCAUAUCAAUUACUUAACUACUCAGCAAAUUUGAAGGGAAAUAUUUUUCUUUUUAUUCAAAUAUAAAGUGGAAUAGGUAUAUAGGUAAAAGUUGUCUUGCCACCUUUUUAGAUCAGUAAAUGUUUGUUGAAUGAAGGUGAGAAAAGAUGAGAAAUAAUAGUACCCAAUGAACGACGUAGCAGUCUAGAAGGAGGGGCAUUUCCCGGGGUGGGGGGACCCACACUCUGUAACUCCCACAUUCGGUAAGUGUGUUAUAGGUAAGCUGCAGAAAACGAGGCAGCUUGUCAAAGAGGAAUGGCUCUUGGCCAUAGUUGCUGCCCUGGGAGGAUAUUUGAUACUAGCAGAGCCAGGGCAACCCUGGAGGAAACCACCUGGAAUGAUGGGAGAACUCCUCCAGGGAACAUGGCCCUUUAAUAGAUCUCUGUUGUGUAAAAUAAUCCCAAAGCAGCCACCAGGGCAUGCUGCUGCAAGUUCUAGACGGUAUAUCCUUCUGUGCCACAGACCCCAUGCAGAGUGCCCUCAGCUAAGCAGCAAGGAAGACCAGGUCUCCCGAGGGUUUGCAUAUGUGUAUGUGUUUCCGCAGUCAUGGUGAAUGACAGUCAGGGCUGCAUAAAAGCAUUGGUAAAGUGUAUAUUUGAGGCUUCAGAAGUUUGAAAAGACUAGAUUUCGUAGGCCAAUAAAACUGAGAAUUUGCAAUUAGAACUUCAGUGCUGAUGCUGGGAAGACCGGAGUUAGUUUGAGACAUGCACCUGUGCAGAACUGGGUCCCUGGAAAAGGAGAAGGAAGGGAAUCAGGACCAGAGUAGGGCCUGACACCACUCAUACUCGGCGUUAAAUCAGAAUUGUGUUACAAUUACACUUUGACAUUUUGAUGGUUUUUAAAGUGCCUAGUACAAGUUAAUUUUUCAUUAAUGAAUUCUUUAUUCGUAAAAUGCUUAAACAGAGAUUACCCUUUUGAGCAUUUUGCCAGUGCUUCUGAAACUAAAGGGGACCUCCUGUUGGAGGAUACAGUCUGUUGCAAUAGGUGGCCACUGCUCUGAAUCUGUGUCACUUCCCCAGGGCCGUGGGCACAACCAUGACCUGAAGCAUGUUGGAGAUGCAGAUGGUCAGGCCCUCCUAGAAUCUCAGAAUCUGCAUUUUAGCAAGGUCAGGGGUAAUUCCUAUGUCCAUUGGAGUUUGAGAAGCACUGGUAAUCUCAAAUGCUUUAAAAGAUUACUCAGUAGGUACCUGAAGAUAGGCUCAGUAGGUACCUGAAGGCACCAUCCCAAAGACCAGAGUGGUAGGAGCAGGUGAACCAGCCUCUGAGCGCAUUUCCCACCCUCCCCCAAUCCCCAGCUGUGUGGAAGGUUGCCACCUUUGGAGUAGUCAUUCAACAAACACGUGUCAACUGUCCACUAUGUGUCAGGCCACCACAUGGCACAGGCUGUGGCUACUUGGAUAGACAUCAUUUCUGCCCUCCAGAAAUGUCAUGUCCACUGGCACAUGACAAGUCACUUAGUCGUUCAGAGCUGUGGGUGAGAGCUCCAGGGGCUGACAAAGGAGCUGUGAUCUUGCAGGACCACAGAGAAGUGUCCCAGGGCAGGUGGGACCUAGGGCUACACAGGGAGGGGUGAGAAGUCAGCCCAUCAGCCUUAAAUGCUCCCCCAAAUCUUCCCAUUCAGUGUUUUCUCAGUAGCAAACUCAUGGGAAAAUUGGUUGUUUUACUUAAAAAACUCAUACUAGAAAGCUAGAGUUUAACUUUAAAAAUAAAUUUUGAAAACAUUCUUAUUAACAAAUCCUACCUUUCCUCCAAAGUCAAGGAGAAAAGAAUAGGAGUGAACAGUGGACCAGGUAAGCCUAAAACUCUGCUCUCUCCCCUGCUCAUUUUACAGUUCAAGUGCCAUUCAAUUUAUCGUGGCAAGAAGAGGAUGGCAUCAUCAAGACCUUAAUCUUCUAAUACAUCUGAUCUGAUAAGAAUGUGAAAGCUAUAAAAUUAAUUUUUGAUCAAUAACUACAGACCUUUUGAGAGAGUGCCCUCCUAAGGAAUUGAGUACCUAUUUCUCCAUACAGUGUCUAUCAUGACCUACAAACCCUUUUCCCAUGAGGUGUAACAGAGAGGGAUUACAGCCUUAGAACUGGAUGUCAGACUCUCCUAGUUUAAGACAGUAAGCCAUGACAUAGUGCCUGAGACCAACACAACUUUCAGGGUGGUUUCAGAAACACAUAGGGGACAAUGUUGGCUCCGAUGCUGUACAUCCCCAACAGCCAUCAACUAUUUGGAAACUAGAAUUUCAGUGUAAUUGGAGUUGGUGUUGCCUUAGCAAAUGCUGUGGGAAGAGAGUCUCACUGUGUGUCUUCUCCUGUUUAAAGCCUGAAUUUAUUCAGGAUAUAAUAUCUGUGUUUAGCCACUCUACUGAAACUGAUCUAGGAAGUGUUCCAAAAAAAGUAUCACAAGGAUCCCUUUGUAGCUACAUCUGUGGGAUUUCCCUCGCUCUGGCGUGGCCUGGCCCCUCUGCAGCAUUCAACAACACGGUCCUCUGCUUUUAUCUUCCUGGGCUGCAUGACCCCACCCUGCCCUGGUUCUCCUCUCCCCUUAACCCCUCCUUAUCAAUAUCUUAAAAGGUCUCUUCUAUUGGAAGACACAUUCUGUUGCAGUAGGUGACCACUGCUCCAAAUCUGUGUCACCUCCCCAGGGCCAUGGGCACAACCAUCCCUGGAGUGUGUUAGAGAUGCAGUUGGCCAGGUCCUCCAGAAUCUCAGAAUCUGCAUUUUAGCAAAGGCCUGGGUAACUCUUAUGUCCAUGAGAGUUUGAGAAGCACAGGUCUCAUGAGUUCCUGACAUACAAAUAGUGCUGAGGUUGGUAUGCUGGCUGGGUAGCUAGAUACAAGUGAAAACCUUCCUGUUUCUUACAAACCUGGAUGGACCCAAGGCCGCUGACGUGGGCCAGGACAGGCUACUCUUUUUCAGUGUUUCUGUUGUAUUGCUGUGUCUCUCUGUGAUCAGGUGCCACCCUCCCUGGCAGGAGGACUGCAGACAGGAUGACCAAGAGCACUCUACGCAGCCUGCUCUCCAAUGCUCAGGGACGCCAACCACCCUCGUGGCUCCUUUUCAUUCACCUACACAUGGAAGGCCCAAGAGGGCUGAUGUGUGACUAUCUCCACUUCCUGGUACCCAGUGUGAAUGACUUCACUUACUAAACAGAUGUUCAGCAAUUUUAUUAAUAAUGAAGAAAACACUUUGGUUUGACAAAUAAUCACUCCAUUUUUUUCAUUUGAAAGUUAUUCCCAUUAGUAGAGAAAGCAAUGUAUUACAACCACAAGAAUGUUUACAUGGAAAUGAACCAUCUGCAAAGCAUCUCCCAUUUUCCUUUUAUAUCAGCCAAUGGGUGGUGGUGGGAGAAAUAUUCACCUGUGUAUUUAACAUCUAUCCCCCUUCCUAGACUGUCACCUCCAUCCAGGCAGAUACUGUUAGUAUCUCCACAGCACACACAGGGCCUGGCACGCAUCCGGGGCUCAGUGAGCACUUGCUGAAUGGUGAACAGAUUAGUUCUCCUGGGAACGUUGUUCACACAUCUCAUAACACUGGUUUGGAGUGGAUGGCAUUCAUCAGGCUGCAUAUUCCUAUUAUUUUAUUGUAUUCUCCACUAGUUACAGUGCCUACAGAUGUAAAGGCAUUGUUAAUAUUGCUCAUAGGAAGACAUGUUGAUGGAAAUGAGUCCAAAGGCAUUAUGGUUAGAAACUGGCCAGGUGUCAUUUUUGAGAGAUUAGGUAACUGUUUUCUGGUAGAGUGAAUUGCCUGUUUGUUGCAAGUUGGGACUUUGCUGGGCUGGUUUACAGGGCCAAGGGGAAAGAGAUAAGUGGAUCUUCUAGUGAGAGGUCAUCUGUUUUGAAAGCCUGGAAGAUUCCAUGAACUAAAUCCAAGUCUUACAACACAGGGAAGUGUGUCAGACUGUGCAGGGAUGAAGUCUCUGAUUUAGUAUGAACACAAGAGCUCCUCACACUGUCCUCUUCAGAAAGUCCAUACAAUCCAAACUUCUGAAUGCUUAGCUGCUUACAACCAUACAUAGAUUGAGGGAUAAAACUCCGACAUGGAAGAGAAGGUAAACCUUUUUUGGCAGACAUCCCCAGGAAAAGGCGACUCUCUUCUCUCAUUGCCGCUGCUCUUUCAGAAUCCAUUUCAACAGAGGAGGAGUCAAUGGGAGCACCAUGCCUCUGACAGAUAUCAUAUGGCAUUUCAGUGGCAUUCUGUGUUGCCCUUCUUAGGUAAGAGUUCAGCCAUUAAAAGAAUGUCCUACACACCUUCUCAUUUUCUGUGAUGAGAGGAAUGUGAGGUACUGUCCUUCGAGAGUUGUCAUUUGUCCUAGUAGCCAGCAGCGUGAAUGUGCUGUCUUCCGCUCUGUCUCCCUCUCAGCCUUCUGCCCAGCCACCACCACUACAGUUGCAUUCUCUCCGUUUGAACUCCUGGUUCAGAGGAUCACCGUAAGAAACAGACCCCUAGACACACAGCACUCUGCCACGUAAUGGAUGGCUUUGUCUUCUAUUUUGGAUUACUGAGCUUCCCUGGGUAACUUCCACUAAACUGAAGUUAAUAUUAGAAGAACUUCCUCUUACCGGAAUAGAAAAGCAUUUAAGUGAUGCAGUCAAGUUUGUACCAUAAUUAAUUCAGUCAUUUAUCAAAUAUAUAUGGCCUCUGUGUGACGGUGACCCUGACUGGGAAUGGAGCUGUUGAAGAACAGGGAAUGGGGCCUGUUCUUCAACGGUAGUUCCCUGCUGCCCAGUUCAGUCCAGUGGAUCUGGGCAUCUCUCUUUAAUCUGCAUUAGGGGCUCUUUACUGAUUCUUCACUAUCCAAAAAGGACUUGGAGGGGAGAUCUGAGCCCACUUCUGGAAGGAAAUGAUAACAAUUUAUUUAGAUAAUCUUUGUGCAACAAGGCAAUUCACUGAAGAGAUCUGCUCUCUAGGAGCCCCUGCAACCCCACCAUAACGGGGAAGGCUCUACCUCUGCAGUCUUCAGGGCCACAUUUCUCUCUGACCUCCUGUCUUCCCAGCACUCUCAGCCUUGCUCAUGGAGCACUCUAGUCCUCCAUUGACCUUGGCCUUUGGCAAUGUGAUUUUUCACCUGGCAGCUCCCCUCUGGUCUCACUCCCUCUUUUUGUCCAACCUGCAUGACACAGCGUCACAUCAUUAGUGUUCCCUUACUCCCCUCUUACUGCCGAACCUGCGAAGUCCAUGCCUGGGACGGUGCAGCGUGUGUCCUCACUGGGCUGCUGGCAGCAGUGGGGGAACCACACAGCCAUGCUGUGUGCUGCUGAAGAAAUGCACAGCCUCCUGCCCCCACUGGCCUGCGCAUUCCUGCCCUUCUGAGCUCCACUCACUUUUGGCAGGAGCUAUUCCAACCUGCACGGGAUCCUCACUCUCUCACAGACGUGAGACUCUUCCUACGGCCUCCCCUCUCUGUGCCUUCUCACUCUCUGUUCCCUUUCCCCUUUCUCCCCUUUUCUCCUCUGCCCACCUCCAAGCCAUCCUUCACAGGACAACUCAAGCAUCAGAUCCUCUGGGACACUUUUCUUAGUUGUUCAGUCUGAUGAGGUGACCCUCAUCCCCUCUUAGCCGAAAAGUAGCAGCUGCCUCAACUUCUUUCCCACCAUGUCAUUUUGCCAAGGCACGAGUAACAAACUCACGCAGUUGGGCACUUUUGAAGAUCAUUUUCUCAGCCUCCAGAGGAUGUUCAAUAACUGUGAGGUGGUCCUUGGGAAUUUGGAAAUUACCUACGUGCAGAGGAAUUAUGAUCUUUCCUUCUUAAAGACCAUCCAGGAGGUGGCUGGUUAUGUCCUCAUCGCCCUCAACACAGUGGAGCGGAUUCCUUUGGAAAACCUGCAGAUCAUCAGAGGAAACAUGUACUAUGAAAAUUCCUAUGCCUUAGCAGUCUUAUCUAACUAUGAUGCAAAUAAAACCGGACUGAAGGAGCUGCCCAUGAGAAACUUACAGGAAAUCUUGCAUGGCGCCGUGCGGUUCAGCAACAACCCUGCCCUGUGCAACGUGGAGAGCAUCCAGUGGCGGGACAUAGUCAGCAGCGAGUUUCUCAGCAACAUGUCGAUGGACUUCCAGAACCACCUGGGCAGCUGCCAAAAGUGUGAUCCAAGCUGUCCCAAUGGGAGCUGCUGGGGUGCAGGAGAGGAGAACUGCCAGAAACUGACCAAAAUCAUCUGUGCCCAGCAGUGCUCCGGGCGCUGCCGCGGCAAGUCCCCCAGUGACUGCUGCCACAACCAGUGUGCCGCGGGCUGCACGGGCCCCCGGGAGAGCGACUGCCUGGUCUGCCGCAAAUUCCGAGACGAAGCCACGUGCAAGGACACCUGCCCCCCACUCAUGCUCUACAACCCCACCACAUACCAGAUGGAUGUGAACCCCGAGGGCAAAUACAGCUUUGGUGCCACCUGUGUGAAGAAGUGUCCCCGUAAUUAUGUGGUGACAGAUCACGGCUCGUGCGUCCGAGCCUGCGGGGCCGACAGCUAUGAGAUGGAGGAAGACGGCGUCCGCAAGUGUAAGAAGUGCGAAGGGCCUUGCCGCAAAGUGUGUAAUGGAAUAGGUAUUGGUGAAUUUAAAGACACACUCUCCAUAAAUGCUACAAAUAUUAAACACUUCAAAAACUGCACCUCCAUCAGUGGCGAUCUCCACAUCCUGCCGGUGGCAUUUAGGGGUGACUCCUUCACACACACUCCGCCUCUGGAUCCACAGGAACUGGAUAUUCUGAAAACCGUAAAGGAAAUCACAGGGUUUUUGCUGAUUCAGGCUUGGCCUGAAAACAGGACGGACCUCCAUGCUUUUGAGAACCUAGAAAUCAUACGUGGCAGGACCAAGCAACACGGUCAGUUUUCUCUUGCGGUUGUCAGCCUGAACAUAACAUCCUUGGGAUUACGCUCCCUCAAGGAGAUAAGCGAUGGAGAUGUGAUAAUUUCAGGAAACAAAAAUUUGUGCUAUGCAAAUACAAUAAACUGGAAAAAACUGUUUGGGACCUCCAGUCAGAAAACCAAAAUUAUAAGCAACAGAGGUGAAAACAGCUGCAAGGCCACGGGCCAGGUCUGCCAUGCCUUGUGCUCCCCCGAGGGCUGCUGGGGCCCGGAGCCCAGGGACUGCGUCUCCUGCCAGAAUGUCAGCCGAGGCAGAGAAUGCGUGGACAAGUGCAACAUCCUGGAGGGCGAGCCAAGGGAGUUUGUGGAGAACUCUGAGUGCAUACAGUGCCACCCAGAAUGCCUGCCCCAGGUCAUGAACAUCACCUGCACGGGACGGGGACCAGACAACUGUAUCCAGUGUGCCCACUACAUUGACGGCCCCCACUGCGUCAAGACCUGCCCAGCAGGAGUCAUGGGAGAAAACAACACCCUGGUCUGGAAGUACGCAGACGCCGGCCACGUGUGCCACCUGUGCCAUCCAAACUGCACCUACGGAUGCACUGGGCCAGGUCUUGAAGGCUGUGCAAGGAAUGGGCCUAAGAUCCCAUCCAUCGCCACUGGGAUGGUGGGGGCCCUCCUCUUGCUGCUGGUGGUGGCCCUGGGGAUCGGCCUCUUCAUGCGAAGGCGCCACAUCGUUCGGAAGCGCACACUGCGGAGGCUGCUGCAGGAGAGGGAGCUUGUGGAGCCUCUUACGCCCAGUGGAGAAGCUCCCAACCAAGCUCUCUUGAGGAUCUUGAAGGAAACUGAAUUCAAGAAGAUCAAAGUGCUGGGAUCCGGUGCGUUCGGAACUGUGUAUAAGGGACUCUGGAUCCCAGAAGGUGAGAAAGUUAAAAUUCCCGUCGCUAUCAAGGAAUUAAGAGAAGCAACAUCUCCGAAAGCCAACAAGGAAAUCCUCGAUGAAGCCUACGUGAUGGCCAGCGUGGACAACCCCCAUGUGUGCCGCCUGCUGGGCAUCUGCCUCACCUCCACCGUGCAGCUCAUUACGCAGCUCAUGCCCUUCGGCUGCCUCCUGGACUACGUCCGGGAACACAAGGACAAUAUCGGCUCCCAGUACCUGCUCAACUGGUGUGUGCAGAUUGCAAAGGGCAUGAACUACUUGGAGGACCGGCGCUUGGUGCACCGCGACCUGGCAGCCAGGAAUGUACUGGUGAAAACGCCACAGCAUGUCAAGAUCACAGAUUUUGGGCUGGCCAAACUGCUGGGUGCAGAAGAGAAAGAAUACCAUGCAGAAGGAGGCAAAGUGCCUAUCAAGUGGAUGGCAUUGGAAUCAAUUUUACACCGAAUUUAUACCCACCAGAGUGAUGUCUGGAGCUACGGGGUGACCGUUUGGGAGUUGAUGACCUUUGGAUCCAAGCCAUAUGACGGAAUCCCUGCCAGUGAGAUCUCCUCCAUCCUGGAGAAAGGAGAACGCCUCCCCCAGCCACCCAUAUGUACCAUCGAUGUCUACAUGAUCAUGGUCAAGUGCUGGAUGAUAGACGCAGAUAGUCGCCCAAAGUUCCGUGAGUUGAUCGUUGAAUUCUCCAAAAUGGCCCGAGACCCCCAGCGCUACCUUGUUAUUCAGGGGGAUGAAAGAAUGCAUUUGCCAAGCCCUACAGACUCCAACUUCUACCGUGCCCUGAUGGAUGAAGAAGACAUGGACGACGUGGUGGAUGCCGACGAGUACCUCAUCCCACAGCAAGGCUUCUUCAGCAGCCCCUCCACGUCACGGACUCCCCUCCUGAGCUCUCUGAGUGCAACUAGCAACAAUUCCACUGUGGCUUGCAUUGAUAGAAAUGGGCUGCAAAGCUGUCCCAUCAAGGAAGACAGCUUCUUACAGCGAUACAGCUCAGACCCCACAGGCGCCUUGACUGAGGACAGCAUAGACGACACCUUCCUCCCAGUGCCUGAAUACAUAAACCAGUCUGUUCCCAAAAGGCCCGCUGGCUCUGUGCAGAAUCCUGUCUAUCACAAUCAGCCUCUGAACCCUGCACCCAGCAGAGACCCACACUACCAGGACCCCCACAGCACCGCAGUGGGCAACCCUGAGUAUCUCAAUACUGUCCAGCCCACCUGUGUCAACAGCACAUUCGACAGCCCUGCUCAUUGGGCCCAGAAAGGCAGCCACCAAAUUAGCCUGGACAACCCUGACUACCAGCAGGACUUCUUUCCUAAGGAAGCCAAGCCAAAUGGCAUCUUUAAGGGCUCCACAGCUGAAAAUGCAGAAUACCUAAGGGUCGCACCACAAAGCAGUGAAUUUAUUGGAGCAUGACCACGGAGGACAGCCUGAGCCCUUAAAAUCCAGACUCUUUCAAUACCCAGGACCAAGCCACAGCGGGUCCUCCAUCCCAACAGCCAUGCCCGCAUUAGCUCUUAGACCCACAGACUGGUUUCGCAACGUGUACACCGAUCAGCCAGGAAGUACUUCCACCUCGGGCGCAUUUUGGGAAGUUGCAGGUGCAUUCCUUUGUCUUCAAACUGUGAAGCAUUUACAGAAACGCAUCCAGCAAGAAUACUGUCCCUCUGAGCAGAAGUUUAUCCUUCAAGGAGGUAUAUUUGAAAAAAAAAAAAAAGUAUAUGUCAGGAUUUUUAUUGAUUGGGGAUCUUGGAGUUUUUCAUUGUCACUAUUCAUUUUUACUUCAAUGGGCUCUUCCAACAAAGAAGAAGCUUGCUGGUAGCACUUGCCACCCUAAGUUCAUCCAGGCCCAACUGUGAGCAAGGAGCACAGGCCACAAGUCUUCCAGUGGACGCUUGAUUCCAGUGGUUGUGCUUCAAGGCUUCCACUGCAAAACACUAAAGAUCCAAGAAGCCCUUCAUGGCCCCAGCAGGCCGGAUCGGUACUGUAUCAAGUCAUGGCAGGUACAAUAGGAUAAGCCACUCUGUCCCUUCCUGGGCAAAAAAGAAAUGGAGGGGAUAGAAUUCUUCCUUAGACUUACUUUUGUAAAAAUGUCCCCACGGUACUUACUCCCCACUGGUUGACUAGUGGUUUCCAGUCGUGAGCGUUAGACUGACUUGUUUGUCUUCCAUUCCAUUGUUUUGAAACUCAGUAUGCUGCCCCUGUCUUGCUGUCAUGAAAUCAGCAAGAGAGGAUGACACAUCAAAUAAUAACUCGGAUUCCAGCCCACAUUGGAUUCAUCGGCAUUCAGACCAAUAGCCCACAGCUGAGAAUGUGGAAUACCUAAGGAGAGCACCGCUUUUGUUCUCGCAAAAACAUACCUCCUAAUUUGAGGCUUAGAUGAAAUGCAUCAGGUCCUUUGGGGCAUAGAGCAGGAGACCACAAAAAUGAAGCUGCUCUGAAAUCUCCUUUAGCCAUCACCCCAACCCCCCAAAAUUCGUUUGGGUUCCUCAUGGAAGAUAAUUUUCUCCUUUUACUUCACUUUAAAAGCUAUUUACUCAAAGAGUAUAUGUUCCCUCCAGGUCAGCUGCCCCCAGACCCCAUCCUUACCCUUUGUCAAACAAAAAGUGUCUCCGCCCUGAGUCAGCUAUUCAAGCACUUACAGCUCUGGCCACAACGGGACAUUUUACAGGUGCGAAUGAGAGUGGCAUUAUGAGUAAUGUGGAAUUCAGGUAGUAAAUAUGAAACUAGGGUUUGAAAUUGAUAAUGCUUUCACAACAUUUGCAGAUGUUUUAGAAGAAAAAAAGUUCCUUGCUAAAAUAAUUUCUCUACAAUUGGAAGACUCAGCUAGUUAGGAUCCCACCUUUUUUCUUAAUCUGUGUGUGCCCUGUAACCUGACUGGUUAACAGCAGCCCUUUGUAAACAGUGUUUUAAACUCCCCUAGUCAAUAUCCAUCCCAUCCAAUUUAUCAAGGAAGAAAUGGUUCAGAAAAUAUUUUCAGCCUACAGUUACGUUCAGUCACACACACACACAAAAUAUUCCUUUUGCUUUUAAAGUAUUUUUUGACUCCCAGAUCAGUCAGGGCCCCUACAGCUUUGUUAAGAAAGUAUUUUAUUUUUGUCUCAAUGAAAAUAAAAUUAUAUUCAUUUCCACUCUAUUAUGCUCUCAAAUACCCCUAAGCACCUAUACUAACCUGGUAUGGGUAUGAAAGGUACAAAGAUAAAUAAAACAUAGUCCCUGAUUCUGAGAAAUUUACAAUUUAGCAAAGGAAAUGGACUCAAAGAUGCUAACCUUAAAACAACCUGACAAAUACUAGACAGGACCCGUCAGCCAGGCACUGUGAGAGCACAGAGCAGGAAGGUUGGGUCCUGCCUGAGGAGACCUGGAAGGUUCAUCAGGGAGGCCUCACAGGAGGAUGACCAGGUCUCAGCCACAGGGGAGGUGGAAAGUGCAGGUGCAGCAGGGGCACCCUGGUCAAGGAAACAGCUGCCAGACGCCUUCACUGCUGAAGUCCGCAUAAGGCUGAGGUCAGUCGCCCUAGCAACCUGCUCCCUCUAAGCCAGGGGAUGAGCUUGGCUCAUCCCACAAGAUCCCUAAAAGUUGCAUCCCCCACGGGGAUUUUGAGCUAUCAUCUCUGCACAUGCUUAGUGAGAAGACUAUGCAACAUUUCUAAGAAACUGAGAUUUUUUAUCAUCAGUAAACCACUUCCAUUAUUCAUUCACCUCAGGACAAACAGAAAUAUUUCAGUCAGAACUGGGAAACAGGACUCACAUUCUGCUGUCACUUAUGUGUCAAGAAGCAGAUGAUUGAUGAGGCAGGUCAGUUGUAAGCGAGUCACAUUGUAGCAUUAAAUUCUAGUAUUUUUGUAGUUUGAAACGCUAACAUAAUAAAAGAGCAACAGCUAUUCUAGCUUUCUUCUCCUUCAUAUUUUAAUUUUCCACCAUAAAGUUUAGUUGCUAAAUGUAUUAAUUUUAAGAUUGUACUUCCCAAAAUAGUUCUCACUUCAUCUGUCCAGGGAGGCACAGUUCUGUCUGGUACAAGCCGCAAAGCCAUUGGCCUCUCCACGGAUCUGGCGACCAUGGUGGGCAGGUCGGGAGAGGAGCUGCCCAAAGUCCCAUGAUUUUCACCUAACAGCCCUGUUCGUCAGUUCUCAAAGCUUGGACUCCAUCCCUGAAGGUCUUCCUGAUUGAUAGCCUGGCCUUAAUACCCUACAGGGAGCCUGUCGGCUGUUUCUUCCUCAGGUUCCUGGAAGACCUUACCCCAUGACCCCAGCUUCAGAUGUGGCCUUUGGAAACAGAGGUCAAAGGAAAGUGAGGAGCUGAGAGCUCAUAUUCACAGGUGCCCCCAGCGUUCGUGCGUCUUCUUGCAUCAUCUCUAAGGAGCUGCUCUAAUUGCUCCAUGCCUGUCACCCCAUGAGGGAUCAAAGAAGGGAUGAGUCUUCUAAACUCUAUAUUCGCUGUGAGUCCAGGUUGUAAGGGGGAGCACUGUGGACACAUCCUAUUGCACCCCAGCUGAUGACAACAAAGCUUAGGUGUUUGCUGAAAGUUCUUGAUGUUGUGACUUACCACCUCCGCCUCACAACUGCAGACAUAAGGGGACUGUGGAUUGCUUAGCAGGAAAGGCACUGGUUCUCAAGGGUGACUGCCCUUGGGAAUCUCCUGGUCCCAACCAGAAAGAUUGUGACUUGAUUUUCUCAGGUGCAGCCCAGCCGUAGGGCCUUUUCAGAGCACCCCCUGGUUAUUGCAACAUUCAUCAAAGUUUCCAGAACCUCUGGCCUAAAGGAAGGGCCUGGUGGGGGUCUGCUUGGCACUCGCUAGGGGGCCACUCAUCCAGUGCCACUCUCACUAGGCCUCUGGUUGCACUUGCGUAGGAUGAGGCUGGUUAGUGACUGGAACUCAGCACCUCCCCUCAGGCAGAAGAGAAUCACCUGUGGAGCUUCAAAAGAAGGGGCUUGGGGUCUCUGCAGACCAAUUCAACCCAAAUCUCAGGGGCUCUUUCAUGAUUCUAAUGGGCAACCAGGGUUGAAACCCUUAUUUCUAGGGUCUUCAGUUGUACAGGACUGUGGGUCUGUACCAGGGCCCCCAGUCAGAAUAGAAUAAAAGGCUGGGUAAGGUAGAGAUUCCCAUGUGCAGUGGAGAGAACAAUUUGCAGUCACUGAUAAGCCUGAGACUUGGCUGCUAGUGGCCAUUCCAAAAGCCUCCAAUUCAUCAUCGUCACCAGCAGUUCAGCUGGAAAGGGGCAGAUACCCUCACUGGAGCCUUGAAAAAGCCCUGGGAACCCUCCACAUUCUCUAAGUAAGUUAUAGAAACCAGUCUCUCCCCUCCUUUGUGAAUGAGCUGCUAUUUCGCGUAGGCAACACCUAUUGAAAUUGCCCUCAACGUCUACUCUGCAUUUCUUUCUUGUGAUAAGCACACAUUUUUGUUGCAAUAUAAUGAUCUGCUCACAUUUCCUUGUCUGGGGGCUGUAAAACCUUGCAGAACAGAAAUCCUUGCCUCUCUCACCAGCCACGCCUGCCAUACCAGGGGUACAGCUUUGUACUAUUAAAGACACAGACAGGAUUUUUAAAUGUAAAUCUAUUUUUGUAACUUUUUUGUGGGAUAUCGUCCUCUUUAUGUAGCACUGAACUUUGUACAAUAUAUUUUUAGAAACUCAUUUUUCUACUAAAGGAAACACAGUUUACUUUAGAGAGACUGCAAUAGAAUCAAAAUUUGAAACGGAAAUCUUUGUUUAAAAGGGUUAAGUUGAGGCAAGAGGAAAGCCCUUUCUCUCUCUUACAAAAAGGCACAACGUCAUUGGGGAGCUAAGCUAGGUCAUUGUCAUGGUGAAGAAGAGAAGCAUCGCCUUUAUAUUUAGAAAAUUUUAAAAGAUGAUGGAAGGCACAUUUAGCUUGGUCUGAGGCAGGUUCUGUUGAGUCUGUUGGGGCAAUGUUAAUGGAAAGGGCUGACUGUCUGUUGUUACAACUAGAAAAAUCCAGCUGCAUGCCAUACCUUCAUCAUCUGCCAGUGUGACCCGGUACAUGUAAGAAAAGCAAUAACAUAGCAUUUUGUUGGUUUAUAUAUACACUGUGACUUCAAUGCAAAUGAUUUUAUUUUUAUAUUUAAAAUUGAUAUGCAUCUAUCAGGAUAAACUAGUCAUAUCUGGAGAGCCCUAAUAAUGUUCAGCACACUUUGGUUAGUUCACCAACAGUCUUACCGAGGCUGGGUCCAGCCACCCUAAAGAAGUUAUUCAGCCCUGGCUGCAGUGACAUCACCUGAGGAGCUUUUAAAAAGCUUAAACCUCAGACCAAUUAAAGGCAACUCUCUGGGGCUGAAACCCAAGCAUUUGUAGUUUUAAAGCUCCUGAGGUCAUUCCAGUGUGCAGCCAAAGUUGAGAACUACCGGCCUAGGGAUUAGCCACAAGGACUUGGACUUGCAGGCAAAUUCUGCAGGAGUACGUGAUUCUCAGGACUAGAGAACUGAGACACAAAGACCUCCGCAUCUGUCGCUGAGAGUCAAGAACCUGAACAGAGUUUCCAUGAAGGUUCUCCAAGCACUAGAAGGGAGAGUGUCUAAACAAUGGUUGAAAAGCAAAGGAAAUAUAAAACAGACACCACUUUUCCAUUUCCUAAGCUUGCUCUCUUUAUUAAGGGUGGACUAGUAAUAAAAUAUAAUAUUCCUGAUACUUAUGCAGCUGACAUUGUUGCUCUCCCCAAAGCAACCAAGUAGCCUUUAUUUCCCACAGUGAAAGAAAACAUUGACCUAUCAGUUACAUUACAAAAGGCAGAUUUCAAGAGGAUUAAGUAAGUGGUUGGAUGGCUUUUAUAAAAACAAGAAUUCAAGAAGAGGAUUCAUGCUUUAAGAAACACUGGUUAUACAUUCUUCACAAAUUAUACCUGGGAUAAAAACUGUAGCAGGCAGUGUGUUUUCCUUCCAUGUCUCUCUGCACUACCCACAGUGUGUCCUCUGAGGCUGCAAGUCUAUCCUAUCUGAAUUCCCAGCAGAAGCACUAAGAAGCUCCACCCUAUCACCUAGCAGAUAAAACUAUGGGGAAAACUUAAACUCGUGCAUACAUUUCUGGAUGCAUUUACUUAUCUUUUUAAAAAAAGGAAUCCUAUGACCUGAUUUGGCCACAAAAAUAAUCUUGCUGUACAAUACAAUCUCUUGGAAAUUAAGAGAUCCUGUGGAUUUGAUGACUGGUGUUAGAGGUGACAAUGUAACCGACUAACAACAGACAGCAAUAACUUCGUUUCAGAAAUGUUCAAGCAAUAGCUUUGUAGCUUCGACAUACGGUACGUUUUAACCUUGAAAGUUUUGCAAUGAUGAAAGCAGUAUUUGUACAAAUGAAAAGCAGAAUUCUCUUUUAUAUGGUUUAUACUGUUGAUCAGAAAUGUUGAUUGUGCAUUGAGUAUUAAAAAAUUAGAUGUAUAUUA